AUGCAAUCUCUCCAGACCCCCUCUCAAGUCUCUUUGAUAUAUGAGCUCGUUGAUUCAUUUCCAACUCUUGUUACUGUCACUGCUGCUACCACUACCACUAUUGUCCCCACUGUACCAUACUUAUCGACCACUUCUUCUGGUUUCAAUCUGAAGACCUUCCUUGAUUCCGCUGAAGUGAACAUCGACAAUGUCAAAGGCAAUGAGCCAUUGCCUCCGUCCACUUUCCCUCUUGGUCUUGGUGAGUUUGUGCAAAUGCAAGAAGAUGAGUACACCCAUCUGCUCGAAUACUAUCGCACAGCAUAUUGUGAUGCUUCACUGAGAGGUUACCGAGAAGCAAUUUUUGGUCAACUUUUUGUGAACAACAUGAUUCAAAAGAUGCAGUCAAUAAAUCUUCUUGGCCAGAUGUAUACACUCCGACAAGAUAAAACAUUGUCACUUCCCCAGAAAUACACCUCUUUUUAG